CAGCACGCAACUUCCACGGUUGUCUUGAAAGCCACGCACUGCCGGGAAGUCCCAUACAGGGAAGGGUGGCUCAGCUAUAUAAGGCGGAGGCUGCACCGGCCAAGUAUACACACCAGUCCCCCUACACCCUCACCUUCAGCCCAGCUCUUCACUCAACAUGUCGCACGGCAAGCAGUUCACUCUCUACACCCACAAGGGCGGCCCGAACGGCUGGAAGGUCGCCUUCGUCCUGAGCGAGCUCGGCCUCACGUACGAGAGUGUCUACCUCGACUUCAACAAGGGCGAGCAGAAGGCGCCCGAAUACACCCAGUACAACCCCAACGGGCGCAUCCCGACGCUCAUCGACCACAAGAACAACGACUUCACCAUCUGGGAGUCCAACGCGAUCAUCGUCUACCUCGCCGAGAAGUACGACACCGCCCACCGCAUCUCGGCGGCGACGCCCGAGGACAAGAUCAAGCAGCUCCAGUGGCUCUUCUUCCAGGCCUCCGGCCAGGGCCCGUACUUCGGCCAGGCGAUCUGGUUCAAGGUCUACCACCAGGAGAAGGUCCCGAGCGCCAUCGAGCGGUACCAGAAGGAGACCGUGCGCGUGAUCAGCGUGCUCGACGGCGUGCUCAAGAAGCAGGAGUGGCUCGUCGGCGACAAGGUCAGCGUCGCUGACAUCUCGUUUGUCUCGUGGAACAACGCUGCGUUCGGCAUGGUCCUCGUGGACUUCCUGGAGGCGAACAUAGAGCACGAUUACCCGUCGUUCUGGAAGUGAGUGUCGCGCCUUGGGUAUCUGGGUGAGAUGGCGGAGGCUAACGUGCGGUUUCCAAGGUGGCACCAGAAGCUGGUCUCGCGGCCCUCGAUCAAGAAGGUCUUGGACGAGAGGGCCGCUGUCACUGCAUGAGGCGUGUGUAAUCAAGGUUACAUUAAUAGAGGAAGGAGAAUUGACGACGUGUAUGUUAUUGCUGUAUCGGAGGAAUUGAGCUGGGCUCGCGCCGCAAUUCGCUUCUUCCCUCGAAUGGCUGGAGUCGUGUGGGAUCGCAUCCUUU